AUGUACGACAAAUGCCAGGACCUCCAAGGAGACGUCAUUCCCCGGAAGCUUGGAUUCUUCACCCGCAAAGCGGAUGAUGAGAACCCAACGCUCUGCUGUCUCAUGCUGUCCCCCGAUGGAGAACCGGAGAAGCCCUUCGGCGAGAUGGUUGACGAAGGUCGGGAGAGUGAGCUUGAAUAUAUGAAGAACUUGGUGUACAGGCGAGUAGAGUCUGAAAGCGCCUCAGCCUCCACUGUGUUGUUGAUAACUUCCUCCACCGUUAGACAAGACAUUCUCAAUGGUCUCUUGAAAUUGCAUCAUGCGAAGGUCGUAUUUCCACGGGGGCUUGAAACUUGCGAGACACUGAAGACCUCGGAGACGGAGCGGUACAUGAUCUACGAUCUCGCCGAUUCCGAAUAUCAUGCCCGAUGCGACCCACUGGAGAUGGUGCCAGAGACGAUCGCAAUGUUCCAGCAAACCCCGACCAAUAUAUGCUCCGCGUUUGAGUGUAGCAUCACAGAUCUAGGUGCCACGAUCCCUCGCCACAUAUACCAUCUUCGCGUUCCGUCGAAGUUCCUUCAGACGAAGCGUCAGAUCAUCGAUCACUACAUCCCCAUCGAGCUUCUAUUGGAGCCAGACAACGAGGAAGCCACCAAGAUGAUCAUUUCAUUCAUCAAGCAGAAACAGGACGAGGUUCUCGACACCGCAGACUUUCGCAGAUAUGUACAGCGGGAGGCCCAUGGCUUCCGCAGGAGCAUGCAAGAUUGGUUCUAUCAUCGCGAGGAAACAGCGGAAGAAGAUGAAACAGUCGCAAUACCGUUUACGAGCCUUAAUAGGGAGACGUUGCCGAAGUCAUGGUUGCAAGGAGUGGCGAAGAUUGGUUUGGAAGUUGUCAAUGCCGAUGGGACGAUGUUAGAAGUGCCGGAGUGGGAGGGAGAGGUAGACGAGGACUACUCCGGAAAAGAGGACUACUCCGAAGAAGAGUAG